CCCGCCGAGGUGCAAGCCCUCAUGCACCCAUUGGUCCACUGAUCGAAAAGGGCGGGGACUCUGGCCAGCGGUUGUGGAGGGUCGUGGGUCCACAGUGCUGCACUGAGCAGAGGGGAAGGGGCGUCCCAGGAUAUUUGGAGGAUAAAGGGUGAUGACCACACCUGCCGGCUCCGGCAUGGGCUUCGGCUCGGUGUCAUGGUGGGGCCUGUCCCCGGCGCUGGACCUGCAGGCUGAAAGUCCUCCUGUGGACCCAGACUCCCAGGCCGAUACGGUGCAUAGCGUCCCCAAGCUAGAUGUGCUGCUGCUGGGCUCUGUGGAUGGGCGCCACCUGCUGCGGACCCUGUCCCGAGCAAAGCUCUGGCCUCGCAGGAGGUUCAACUUCUUUGUCCUGGAGAAUAAUCUGGAAGCUGUGGCCCGACACAUGCUGAUCUUCAGCCUAGCCCUGGAGGAACCUGAGAAGAUGGGCCUGCAAGAGCGGAGCGAGACCUUCCUGGAGGUGUGGGGGAACGCGCUGCUGCGCCCACCGGUGGCCACCUUCGUGCGCGCCCAGGCAGACCUGCUGGCCCACCUGGUCCCCGAGCCCGACCGCCUGGGGGAGCAGCUGCCCUGGCUCAGCCUCCGCGCCCUCAAGUUCCGUGAGCGGGACGCCCUGGAGGCAGUGUUCCGCUUCUGGGCUGGCGGCGAGAAGGGGCCCGAGGCCUUCCCCAUGAGCCGCCUCUGGGACUCACGGCUGCGCCACUACCUGGGCUCGCGUUACGACGCCCGGCGCGGUGUCAGCGACUGGGACCUACGCAUGAAGCUGCACGAUCGUGGGGCCCAGGUCAUUCACACCCAGGAGUUCCGACGCUGGCGGGACACAGGCGUCGCCUUUGAACUGAGGGACUCCAGCGCCUAUCACGUGCCCAACCGGACUCUGGCGUCUGGUCGCCUCCUGAGCUACCGCGGGGAGCGCGUGGCAGCGCGCGGGUAUUGGGGGGACAUCGCCACGGGGCCCUUUGUGGCCUUCGGCAUCGAAGCGGACGACGAGAGCCUCCUUCGGACCAGCAACGGACAGCCGGUCAAGACGGCGGGUGAGAUCACUCAACACAAUGUGACAGAAAUGCUCCGCGAGGUGGCCGCCUGGGGUCGCUGUAGAGCCACCCUGGGGAACCCAGAGGAGAAGCAGCAUGCCGAGGGAAGCCUGGAGCCAGGGACUGCAGCAGCCCCCACCCCGGAAUCUUUCACCAUCCACUUCCUGCCCCUCGAUUCUGCUCAGACUCUCCAUCAUAAGAGCUGCUACAACGGCCGGUUCCAGCUUCUCUAUGUGGCCUGUGGGAUGGUCCAUCUUCUCAGCCCUGAACUUGGGGCCUGUGUGGCACCGGGAGGGAACCUGAUUGUGGAAUUAGCCCGGUACCUGGUGGACAUGCGGCAGGAGCAGCUGCAGGGCUUCAACACCCGGGUCGGGGAGCUGGCUCAGGCAGCUGGAUUCUCUCCACAGGCCGGGGCCAGGCACUCAGAGACCUUCGCACGUUUUUGCAAGUCCCCGGAAUUGGCUCUGGGCAACACUGACCCAGCUGUGGAACCCAGAACUCUGCCCCUUGAAGUCCUGGCCCAGCCUCUUGAAGCCCGUAGCCCUUCCCCCGAGGACCUGACCGAUCCUCUGCAGGGCGGGACCCCACACUCUGAGCCCUGCCAGCCGCCCUCUGCAUCUCCAGGUUCACUCUCCAAGGUUCUGGCUCUGCCCCAGGGGGCUUUGCCCCCGCCCAACAGUGAGUCAGACUCCAAAACUGGAGUCUGACCUGACCCCUAGACGCCCCUUAUCUCCAGCUUCCAAAGUCAGGUUGUAGAAUUAGAACCCGCUGAUACCAUUUUAAGCCUGCCACUGGAGCCCUCAACUUUAUUCUCAUGAUUCCCACUCAGUACCCGUCAUCCCCAUGCCAGGGGUGUUGCUAGAAUUUCAAAUUCCAUUUCUGGGAUUCUGCGGUCUAUUCCUAGAAUUCUAGAUUGUUCUCUCAGAAUUCCAAAUUCCACUUCUGAGACUCUAAGCCCAGCCUAGGAUUUGACCCUCAGUCUCAGGCCCUUCACUUCUGCCCUCCUUGUCCCCAGGUACCCUGUGGCUGCCUGGGGUCUAGGGUUUCUCCGCACCAGGGCCUGGUCAGCACCCAGAUGUUUCGAGUAAAGCAAGUGUGUCCACCCC